AUGGCUCCAUCAGAGUUUUUUGUCCUAGUAUAUUACAAUGGACAUGUUGAGAGGACAAACAUAGAAGGUGUUGUCUUUGCAUGCGCAAAUACAUCAUUGAUAAAAGUGAAAAAAAAUAUCAAACUUGAUGGACUUAUCAAAUGUAUCCAAGCAAAGAUUCAACCAGACAACUCACAGAGGGUGGUAGAUGUUAUUUACCGAUACCUUAUAACUCUUGCGCUAGGACAUGUUCGAUAUGAAUCGUUAAAUCUCUUAGGAGAUGAUGACGUGCAUAUGAUGUUUGGCAUGUUCAUUGCAAGUAAAUGCCUUGGUAUUUCAACAAUUGAAAUUUAUGCACAGUUAGUAGAUGAUCCUAGAGACGACACACAAGUAAGUUUACCUUCUUCAUAUCCCAACUCCAUUCCAUGUUCAUACCAUUUUAUUGAAACACAAAUCCACCAUCAGUCCAUAGCCUCAUCGUCACAACACCCAUCAACAUCCACCCAUGAUAUUGACCUUAACACACCGUACGAUGGUCCUAUUAGUGUUGUAGCUGGUGUCCACAAUGAAGAAGUCGGCGAUUUUAGUGAGAAUGAGGAUGACAUUCUUGCUGAAGUUGUUGUCGAUGACGAUGACGAUGAUCAGGAACCCGUAGUAGAAUGUCCAUCUACUACAAUUUUUUUCUCUGACCCCCUAUCACAUUUUCGCAACAUUACCACCGACAACAUGAAUUACGUUGACAAUGAAUUUGUCAACUCUAUGUCCAAAAAUCAAUCUUACCUUGUUCCAGAUCCUGACAAUCUUCAAGUGGGGAUGACAUUUCCCACAAAAGAUGUGGCAAUGCAGUGUGUAAAAGAAUAUCAUAUGCACAAUUCUACGAGCUUCGUCGUUGCACAUUAUGAUAGCACUAGAUGGAUUGUCCAUUAUCCCACAAUAUUAGUUUCAGUAUUGAUUGCACAUAUACGACCUCAGUACACAUAUACCACUACUUAUAGAAAGACAUGGAUUGCAAAACAAAAGGUCAUUGAGAGAAUAUACGGCAAUUGGGAGGAAUCACAUAAAGAGCUUCCAAGGUGGAUUCUUGCUUUUAAACAUUAUCUUCCAUGUAUUGUUACCGAUAUUGAAGUGGGACCCUUUAUUGAGGAUGGCCAACGAGUUCCUAGCAAAGCUGUCUUUCAUCGUCUCUUUUGGAGUUUCCAACCAUGUAUCAUAGGAUUUGAUCAUUGUAAACCAGUUGUUUUAGUUGAUGGAACAUGGUUAUAUGGGAAGUAUCGUGAGACCUUACUAAUGGCAAUCGCUCAGGAUGGUGAUGGUCAUACCAUUCCUAUAGCAUACGCCAUUGUUGAGGGUGAACCAUCAGAUGGUUGGUUUUUCUUCCUCAGUCGUCUACGAAUGUUUGUCACACCUCAACCCAACCUCUGCUUGAUUUCAGAUAGACAUGAGUCGAUUAAAAGUGUUGUUAGGCGUGUAAACAACAAUUGGCAUCAUGUCUUUUGCGUUCGACAUAUAUCACAAAACUUCAUGAGGACCUUCAAAAAUGGGCUAAUGAAAGAUCUUGUAACCAGCAUGGGAUACGCUAUGACUCAACCAAACAUCACAUACUUUAGAAGACAAAUCAAUGAUUGGGGUCAAGAUGCAGUGAAAUGGCUCGACGAUAUUCCAAAGGAACAAUGGCUACAAGCAUAUCAUGAAGGUAGACGUUGGGGACACAUGGCAACUAACCUUUCUGAGUGCAUGAACAAUGUAUUAAAGGGGACACGCAAUCUUCCAAUCAGUUCUUUAGUGCAAGCAACAUACUAUAGAGUGACUACAAAAUUUGAAGAAAGAGGAACACAUGCCCAAGCAAUGAUGACAUCAAGUUUGAUUUACUCAAAUACAAUCAUUCAAAAUCUUAACAAGGAACGAGCAAUGUCAAAUUCCCAUGAAGUUGUUAUUCACAAUCGAGCUCAUAGUAUAUUUACAGUUAAGGAGUUGGUUCGUCCACCAAGUGGUCGUCCUGUAGGGACAUUCAAGGUAGACCUCGACAAAAGAUGGUGCGAUUGUGGUGAAUUUCAAGCAUUACAUUAUCCAUGUUCACAUGUCAUUGCCGCUUGUUCGUUUAUUCACCAUGACUACAUGAUGUAUGUGUCUUCUAAGUAUACAUUGCAAUGUAUCUUUGACGUUUACAAAGAAGAGUUCCCAGCAAUUCCUCUUCAAUCAUAUUGGCCAGAAUACAAUGGAAUAGAGUUAUGCCACAAUCCAGCCAUGAAAAGAGAUCCAAAAGGUCGUCCACAGUCUACUCGUAUUCAUACUGAAAUGGAUCAACGAGAGAAAAACACCCCCCCCAAGAGAUGUGGUUUGUGUCGGAACGAGAGACAUAGCAAGAAUAAAUGCCCUUAUCGUACUGAUGCUUCUAAUAGAAAUUAG